AUGACCAGCGCUGCGUCGACUCCAGAACCGAGUGUUGGGAAUGACGGCGACACAUCAGUCGACUCUACCUACCUUUCGCAUUUCUCCAAGCACCUCAACCAUGUCCGGGCGCACCUGUCAGGCAAAGACAGAAGCGGCCGGCUUCCUCCCUCAUUUUUCCCGCCCGGCGCGUAUUGGACGAGUGCCGAGAAGGACACCUUCUUCCACGCGCUCACUAUUCACUCGCGUCUCAGACCAGACUUGAUAGCGGAGGAGGUCAGGACGAAAAGCGUGGUGGACGUAUGUCUGUAUCUUCAGCUUCUGGAAAGCGCCACGCGCGCGGAUGGGCCUGUGUUACGAAAGGACUUCGUUACCGCCAUGGAAGUCUCCGACGCCCUCGUUACUCUGGAGGACCAGAAGGCGCAGCCUAUCCUCGCCGCAGAGCCUCGAUGGGAGAGUCGGGAACUGGAGGAGGCAAGACAAGAGGAGCUGGAAGAUCGCGAGAAAGCGAUGCGCGCGCGGAGAGGCCAGGCGAAGUCCGAGACGAAUGAACAUUACAGAGAGGAUGUCAGGCAUAGGAAGAAGGAAUACAAGCAGUGGCUGGGGGAGCGGAAGGAGGAGUGGAAGGUCGAAGAUACUCUGCGCGCGCUGGACUUCGCCACUCUCGAGGCGAUGAACCGAGUCCUGAGGGAGGAGGACGAGGCGUGUUUGGGGAUGGAGAGCGAGGCUAGCGCGGAACCUGACGAUACAGAGCGGGAAGCGCAGACAACGCCCCUCGACAUCCAUGACAAUACUACGACAACCAAGGCGUCUCAAGCCGAUACAGGGCUGGUUGCGGCCACACCUCCCGACGAAGAGAUGAUUGAUCCAAUUCUUCGUAGCCAACCACAGGACUCGCAAUCUGCGGCUCUCAACACCGACGGCGCAAGUGUUCCCACAUCGUCAGUUCCCGACGACCAUAGUCGUUCCCCAGCAGUACCAGCACACACGCUCCCGCAUCAUCAAUUCCGCCCUUGCACGCCUCCGUUUCGCCCUGCAUCUCUCCCGCAGUCGUCCAGCGAACCUAUCAGCCGCGCCAGUUCGGCAGCAGCUAGGCCCGAAUUCCAAUCCGAGCUCGCCACUGCACGCCGUCAAUUUCAGAAGAGGCUCCACAUGAGGAAGAAGCGAGCGCAAGCUCGUGGAGGGGGUGUUAUAUCCACAACUCCCAGGCUGAAGCCGGGUCGGAAGCGCGCAGCGAAAGUCCUCAGAGGAUUUGGCGCGAAUGCGAAGCCCACGAGCCGCACCUCGCAGCACGCUUCCAGUGCUGAGAGUACCGGUGAACCAGAUGCGAUUGCCGAAGAGCAGGACGUAGGGAGUGGUCGAACGUCCCCGGAACCGGCCCACAAGAGUCGUACUCGCCAACCGCACGUCUCUGGCCCGAGGCUUCCGUACAAGCUCCUCAAGAAGCUGAGAGAGAUAGGUCUAGAUGCAGACAAGCUGCAGGAGGAGUACGUUGGAGUGUUGAAUCUCAAGGGCUUGGCCAGACUUAUGCGAUUAUAUAACCGCCUUCACGACAUCGACUCCACCAUAUCCUCGCAGAUCGCCUCAGACGUGAUCAGGCUGCUUAACGCACACGUGUCGCAUUUCAUGACGGAACUGAUUCACCACGUAAUCGUCAUGAGGGAACAGGAGCGGGCGUCCAAGAGAAACACCAAAGGAUGGCGCUUGGGGAAGUUCGAUCGCAUAUCUCACGUCCACGUUGAACAAGCGCUGACGUUGUUGGGUUGCGAGAACAUCACCAAGAAGGAGCACUUCGACAAACUGCUCACGCGUCUCGGCCUGGUAGAGGAUGACUUUGACGAUGCAUAUGAAGAACCAGACGAUGGAGGAGAUGCCUGUUCCGACGGCGAGGCCGACGAUGAGGGCCAAGUCGACGAGGUAGAACAAUUGGAGGAGGAGGAGGAGGAGGAAGAGGAAGUAUUUGACCCUCUCCGGUUUCCACUGAAUCGCGCCAUUGUCCCUCCCGUGGUUCAUUUCCCAGCAGCAGAGACCCUGCCUUCAGCAAGCGGCGUUCCCCGCUCACUGUUCGUCUCUUUGUACAUGCCCUGGCCAGCAUCCUCCGCUUCCACCGAACCUCCGGCUGAAGAGGACCUCAUGUCCGAGGAAACAGACGCCGAUGCGCUCGUAGAGGAGCUGCUUGACGAAGAACAGCUUGAUGAAUAUGAUCGCAUACUAGAGGAGGCGUAUGAAGAGAGCCUGUGGACAGAAUUAGCAGGCACGCCUCCUCCGGAAGUAUGGCAAAGGCCCCGACGGAAACGCAAAAGAUCCUACGACGACGAUGGCGAGGACGACGAUGAGAGCUGA